GAAAUACUGGGUCCUUCAGAUUUAUUAAAUAAGAAAAAAUUGAACAAGCUGAGUGUUGGAAACAGCACAUAAUUGUAUCAAGUUGGAGUACUAAGACUGAACAAAAAUAGACAGAAAUGUUGAUCAGUCAUUCAGAGUACAUAUUGAUUUCAGCAGAAACUCACAGAAGUAAAACUUGACAACAAAAACAAUGGCAAGAGUUAUGUUGUAGGAAGAAGAAAAAUAGAUUUAACUAAAAUGUCGAAAUAAGAGUAUUCAUAAAUGAUGUAACCUCACAUAGAAAACUUGUGAAGUUCAUGAAGCUGUUUCUCGAUAAGUAAGACUUCUCAACGUUUUGUAUUUACAAUUUUUCUGUUAGUCACCUAUUACUUAUUUCCUGUAAAUCCUGAAUGAUGUCUGGCUUUGUGAACUUAGUUAAGAUGAAAAACUUCAAUAAUAUUAUCAGUAACAGUAAGUUCAUUUAUGUAUUUAAAAAAUCAACCACAAAUAAUAAGAAAAUUAGUUCAAAAUUAAGUACCUCCCUAGUAAUAGUGGUAGGAACGUGAUAUAUAGCUGAUCGAAAGUCUCAACAAAUAAAUCUGGCUUAUAAAGAUUCAGUAAUCUAUUUCUCAAAAAAUUAUUUCAUUCUAUGCAUUUUAUUUACAUGCCAAAGAAUGUGGCAGCAGUCUGGACGACAAGCACAUCUAUCAUGGUUACCCGCCUACGCUAAACAAACCCCUCCACCACAUGCUGUUGGAGCUGAUGUUAAUAUCUACGUUAUUCGUGGUCGAGUUAAUGAUGAUGUGAUACCUGGAAAAUGGCCCAUAUAUCUUGGUAAAGGUUAUGUACCAUAUGGUGGAAAAGAAGUUGAAUUGGACAGUUUCGAAGUGUUGUGCAACACAAGUUUAAAGCCAACAGAACACUUUUAUGAAUGGGUUUCAUAUACUGGAGGCAAUGUACCAAACAAUGCAUUACAUGCUGGUGAAACCCAAUCAUCCGAACCUUUAUACAUAGCUCGUAGAUUAGUGAAUAAUGAGAUGUGUGUUGGUAAAGUCCAUCCAUCACAUGGUUGCGCAUAUUUUCCAUGGGGUGGUGACGGAACAUUCGGAGAAGAGUUAUGA